GAUUCACAUGCCACAACGCACGUGUCAGAACGACUUCGGUGCCAGUGUGUUCAGCUCGCCCAACCACAUCAACCACAUGCACCCAAACAUGAUUCUGCAAACCUUCUCAAGGGCUUAUAUAAACCAAAUGGUUUUGACUACAAUCUGUGCUUGCCCGUCAUCUUCCCUUGUUGAAACAGCGAGAUGCGUCUAUCCGUCUUAUUCACGCUGUCUACUAUAUACGUCGCAUUAGGCGUGAUUUUACCGACAAAGAGGGCAACCAUUUGUAACGGCCACGCAGAGCUUUGUACCAGACCAUACGGAAAUACUACGUUCCUUGGUUCUCACGACUCGUACGCGUUCAGCAGUGACCCUCUUGCUCUGGCGAGGGAUCAAGAAGUUGAUAUCCCAACCCAACUCGGUCUUGGAGUUCGUUUUCUUCAAGCGGAAGGACAUUUGAACGAUGGAGUGCUUCAUUUCUGCCAUACCAGCUGCCUUCUUUUCGAUGGAGGAACUGUUGUUGACUACCUCGCCACGGUCAAAACUUGGUUGGAUGCAAACCCAAACGAGGUCUUGACCCUUCUGUUUACCAACUCUGAUGGGUUAUCGAUUCCGGAUGUGUGGGCUCCUACUUUUGUUGCUGCUGGGAUCGACACCGUAUCCUAUGUACCGCCCACUAAUCCGAUGACUCGUUCUGACUGGCCUACCCUCGGCGAAAUGAUCGACAGCGGAAAACGAGUGAUCACAUUCAUGGACGCUGGCGCGGACGGUACCGAUGGUGCUCCCGUUGAUUAUAUCCUCCCAGAAUUCACGAUGCUGUGGGAACCGCCCUUCGACUCUACUGAACCCAGUUUUCCCUGCUCUGUUGACCGAAUUGCGGGACCACUAUCAACCGUGGAUCAUUUGAACAUGCUCAAUCACAACCUUGAUAUCAAUGUCUUCGAUACUGGUGUUCUCGUCAGCGAUCCUGAAGAUGCCUCGACGACCAACGGGGUGGCUUCAAUUCUUGCGGACGCGAAUGGUUGUGCGCCCUUGGCAGGCGGAGUUGCUCCGAACUUCGUUAUGCUUGACUUUGUAAACAUUGGAGCAGGGCUGCAAGCAAUCCAGCUUUACGAGAGGAAAUGUUUUGGUGUCAUUUUGUUGGUUUGAAUCCAGUGAAACUCUUCGUUGUCUAUCCUUAACUUUAUGUAAGCACUAGCACAUUUUGUUCAAUUACGAAUUAGAUUUUUUGACGGCCAGCCUUCGUUAUCCCACCUUUAUUCGACCUCGAAGCUCCGAACCUUCCCGAAUAAAC